AUGUGCUUCACUUUUCCAAAUGAGGCAAAAUCUAGAGAUGUGUAUGAGACAAUAAAGACAUGGACAUGCAAACUUGGAAGUAUCGAGAAACUGUAUGCGUUCAGUUUUCAGCCUCCUGCGGCAGAGCGUGCUUUGAAUGGAUGGGACAUAUACGAUCCUCGCAAGGAAUGGGCACGUCUCGGGGUUGGCAGGGCAGACCAUGAAUCCAACUGGAGAAUAUCCAGCGUCAAUAUCGAUUAUAAGUUUUCGCCAACGUACCCCGCGCUCCUCCCAGUGCCAGUUACUAUAUCCGAUAAUACGAUUAAUUAUGCUGGAAGAUACCGCUCAAGAGCACGGAUUCCGGUUCUGACCUAUCUUCACCCGGUCAACAACUGCUCCAUCACACGUUCAUCUCAACCUCUUGUUGGUGUGCGCGGUAACCGCAGCAUCCAGGAUGAAAAGCUCCUCGCUGCUAUAUUCUCGACUUCCCGCCAGGAUAGACCGUUAGCAAACGUUUCACCUCCUUGUCUAGAGACAGAGUCCUCAAACUCGAGCGCAGAAGAUCAGUUUGGUACCCAGUCUGACUUUGAAUUUUCGAACGCAGAGGAGUUAGAAGACGAGGUGAUAGCUGCUGCCCGAAAUGAGAGCAAGGAAUACAAAACGCAGGUAUAUGGAGCCCAGCAGAACAACUUGAUUGUCGAUGCUCGUCCAACCGUGAAUGCUCUUGCGAUGCAGGCGGUUGGGUUAGGAUCCGAAAACAUGGACAACUACAAAUUUGCUGCUAAAGCUUACUUGGGAAUUGACAACAUCCAUGUGAUGAGGGAGUCGCUUAAUAAAGUCAACGAGGCUCUCAAAGACUCCGAUAUCAGCCCAUUGCCGCCCAACCGUGAACAGCUUCUGAAAAGUGGGUGGUUGAAGUAUAUCGCCGUUAUUCUUGAUGGAGCCGCAUUGAUUGCACGUCAAGUCGGGCUGCAGCACUCCCAUGUUCUAAUCCACUGCUCUGAUGGAUGGGAUAGAACUGGCCAAUUAAGUGCAUUAAGUCAGUUGUGUCUGGACCCAUAUUACAGAACCUUGGAAGGAUUUAUGGUGCUCAUCGAAAAGGACUGGCUUGCAUUCGGCCAUAUGUUCCGCCAUAGAUCCGGUCACUUGAAUAGCGAUAAGUGGUUCCAGGUUGAAAAUGAUCGAGGCAGUGACUCUGCGAGGGGUGGUUUUGAGGGUGGGGUAGCAGGUAAGGCCCUUGAGAGUGCUCUCCUCAGCGCAAAAGGAUUCUUCAACCGUGAUAAUGUGAGCCGGGACUCGUUGGUAGAGCCCGAUGGCGACAAAGCUGAGCCUGAUGCUUCGAACUCCAAGAAGCCAACCCCCGCUCCAAAGUCGCCCGUCAGCGACCUUGAUAUGACGAAACCCAAAGAAACAAGCCCUGUCUUCCAUCAGUUCUUGGAUGCUACUUAUCAACUACUAUACCAACAUCCAACCCGCUUUGAAUUCAACGAACGUUUCCUUCGUCGGCUGCUCUAUCAUCUUUACUCUGGCCAGUACGGUACUUUCCUUUACAAUAGUGAAAAGGAGCGAGUCGACCGUGGGGCCAAGGAAAAGACUCGCAGUGUCUGGGACUACUUCCUGGCAAGGAGGGCUCAGUUUGUUAACCCAGAGUAUGACCCACUCAUCGACGACAACAAACGUGGCAGCGAACGGCUACUCUUCCCUCGCACAUACGAAGUGAGAUGGUGGGCUGAAGCAUUUGGACGCAACGAUUCUGAGAUGAACAAUCCACGCAUAUCGAGUACUGGUGUUUUAGUGGAGAGGGAUUGCCCGAGUGGAUCAAUGACCCCAAUGAUUGGGGUUGAAACUGCUGAGAGCUCUACCGGCCCUGUACAUCAGCAAUCAACCACAUCUCAACCCUCUACGGGCGGCCCUACAACCAGCAUUACCUCUCUUGCAGCCAGUCUCUCAAAUUUGGGUUUGCCCGUUGGGAGAGAAGGCGGUCCUGGAACACGCAGCCCUUCAAUCAAAGCUAAGGAAAUGGAGUUGGAGAUGAAGUAG